UGCCGGCCUGUUGCUAUGGCGUCCGGCGGUGAGGGACCGCUGCUCUCAGUGGAUUUUGAAGUGUUUGGCAAAGUGCAGAGAGUUUUCUUCCGGAAACACACACAGAAAGAGGCGAAGCGGCUGGGCCUGGCCGGGUGGGUGGAGAACACGGAGCAGGGGACGGUGCGGGGCCAGCUGCAGGGAGCCGAGGAGCCGGUGCGGGCCAUGCAGACCUGGCUGCGCCGGACAGGCAGCCCCAAGGCCCGGAUCGACCGCGCCGCGUUCAGCAACCAGAAGCGAAUCCAGCGCCGGGACUACAGCGACUUCCACAUCAUCAAGUCACCGGCGGCGGGGCUCGCUCAGCCCGACAGUCACUGAGAGGAUGCGGUCAGGUAGCGGGAGCUGUCCGGCUCCAGCCGCUUCUGAAGGGAGCUCCGUGAGAAACAGAAUCCGCCGCCGCCGCCGGUAACCCCGAGCUGGGAAUUAAACCUCCUCUCCCUAAAGUUCACCCAUAACCUUUCCUCUGUAUGUUAACGGACUAGUGUUAUUUAUUGUUGUUUGUCUCCAGUUUUUCCGGACUGUGUUUCAACUGGGUCCACAGUUGACUUGGAUGUUUUCUCCUUGUUGCUGUUUGUUUGGGGGUUUUUUUUCCCGGAGGUUGGAUGAUGAUGGUGAGUGGGAUUGACGUCCGGCUCUGGCCACCAUGGACAGAUCCCGAGGGAGAUUCCUGUUAACGCGCCAGAACAAUCUUCCCAACUUUGGAGCUCCUUCCAACCAACCUGGGAUAGUUUUUGAAUGCUCCCGUUUGUUGUAAGAUUUGUGUUUGGCUGAAUUUAUCCAACUUGAAAGAAUGCUACUGUGAAUAAGGCGUGACUUUUUUAUGCCAAAUGAAAAGCACGAUUCUGCUUUUUCAUUAUUUUCACGUGAAAGGAUUUAAUCCGACUCUAAAACUGAAAGCAAAAUAGCAUUACGUAAAAGUGGCCAAGGUUAGAGAGUCAACAUCGCUUAGUUGGAAAUAACUCGCCUCCUAAGCAAGGCUGGCACUUGGCACCACAGUGUUCUAUGUGUAGUUAAUGUGAAGGUUAAUACCAUAAAUCUAAAUUUUAUAUCAUUGAAAGUACGCCCCCAGAAUGGGAUAUGAAACAAAUGUUCUAUUCCACUGUUCCUGCACUUCAUGAACAUCCCAUUGGCAAUAAUUCAGUGAGGAUUAUCAAGGGGUUCUGGUGUCAGAACUAACAUUCAUCUUCCAGGAUCAUUUUUCCAAUUUUUGUUACUGACAAGUUGCCUUGCACACAAUAGUUGACAUAGCUAGCCACAACCAGUGCCAAAGAAUCUAUUGUUACGUGAAGUGGUUUUCUUUAAUGCACCAAAAAAUUGCUUUGGAUCAAAUAUUUGGAUCUGACACUGUUUUGUAAUGUUUUAUGUGAAG